UGACUCCACAUUAUGUAACAGGUUUAUCUUUCAGGUAAGAGUGUCGGAGAGGUUUGACGAGUCAGCAUGUUGUAAAAGUUGGUGAAAGAUCAACAGCACUUUCUGCGAGAGAUAAGCGAAGUUAUAGUACACUCUGCAAAUAAAUCUUCAGACAAGCAGCAGAGUGGCAUUGGGUUUUUAUUAGCAGCUCACUGGAAAUAGAUUAUAGUGAGGUCAUCGUGCAGCGACAUCUAACUGAAAACCGCUUCCCUGAACAUGGCCGAUUUCGGACAGAUUCUCAAGAGUAUAGGAGAGUUUGGAUUAUUUCAGAAGAUCACUAUUUUUGCUCUUUGCUUCCCAAAUGUUAUUCUGCCUUUUCUCUUUGCCAGUGUAUUUUUUAUCCAGUCUGAUCCAGAGCGACACUGUAACACAGACUGGAUCCUUCAGGCUGACUCCAACCUGACCACAGAUGAGCAGCUGAACCUGACUCUGCCCCGGGAGGAGGAUGGGACCUUCAGCAGGUGUCAGAUGUUUGUCCCCAUGGACUGGAACAUCGGGGCCAUCACGGAGUACGGACUCAAUGAGACCACAAGGUGCAGGAAUGGAUGGGUUUACUACAACACGCUCUAUGAUGCCACCAUAGUCACCGAUUUUGAUCUAGUUUGUGACCAGGCUAAUUUGUUGGAAGUGGCACAAGCAGUGUUGAUGGCUGGCAUUCUUAUUGGUUGUGUCUUAUUUGGACCUUUUGCUGAAUCGUUCGGUCGUAAAUGGGCAGCUCAGAUUUCACUCAUUUUGUUGCUGAUAUUUACUCUAACAACUGGAUUAUGUCCCAACUUCUAUUUAUAUUUGGCAUCCCAGUUCGUGGCGGGAAUUGGCUAUGGAGGUUUUCGACUGAACGCCGUCAUAUUGGCCACUGAGUGGAUCGGGCCGUCCAAAAGAUCGUGGGGAGCAUGUGUGACUCAGCUAUUUGGUGCAGUUGGACAAGCCGUCCUCGCUGGUCUGAUCUAUUUCAUCAGAGACUGGAGACUGGCUCAACUAAUCACAGCAUCUCUGUUUGCAGUUGUUGUGAGUUACAUAUGGUUUAUUCCAGAGUCAGCCAGGUGGUUGUUGGACAGAGGAAGGACAGAAGAGGCUAAACAGCUGAUUACCAAAGUGGCAGCCAUCAACAAACGCACUGUUCCAGAGUCUCUGAUGGAAAAGAUUGUUAAGAAAGAAACUGAGAAAAAGAGAGGCAUAAUAAUACUUAUCCAAUCAUCUGUGCUUAGGAAGUAUUUCUUAGCCGUAACAUUAGCAUGGUUCUCAUUGAAUGUUACCUACUACUGCCUUUCAUUCAAUGUGGGAAAUUUUGGCUUGAACAUCUUCCUGACACAGCUUAUGUUUGGUCUGAGUGAACUACCAGCGCAUGUACUUUGCAUCUGGCUGUUGGAGGCAGUGGGGAGAAAAGUGUCAUUGAUGUCAACUCUUCUGGUUGGGGGAUUCUUGUGCAUCUUAAUCCUAGCUGUUCCCCAAGAUGAUGCUGUUGCUGUUACCACCUUGGCAAUCUCAGGGCGUUUUUUCAUAAACUGGGCAGGAUCCAUAUGCAAUGUGUAUAUUCAGGAGCUGUUCCCCACAUCUUUUCGACAAACAGCCUCUGGUUUGGGCUCCACUGCAAGCAGAGUUGGUGGCUUGCUGGCCCCGUUGCUCAACAUGUUGGCCGUGUACCACUGGUCCAUACCCACCGUAGUUUUCAGCAGCCUGACACUGAUCAGUGGAGCUCUGAGCUUCGUGCUCCCGGAGACCAGGAGAAGAGAGCUUCCUGAUUCAACCGAUGAGGCCGAGGGCAACAGCACCCUGAAGAACCAAAGUGAAUCAAACAAGCCUGCACAAAACAUGUCCACCCGUCUGUAGUCUGGAUGGGUGAAAACGGAUACGUUUGGAAACGAUGACGCCCACACCCGCAUUCGCUACUUGAUUGCUUCUUAGCAGUCACGACGUGUCCUU